CAACAGAGAAAGUCAUCAAGACCCUCUCUGACCGAAAGGACCAUCGAAACUCUUCAAGGAAUCCCUACAACUCCCGACAUUCGACGCAGAUCCAGCUUCUUUAAUCCUGGAAGUCCCAUGGGCCCUCCGCCACGUCCGCGCUCCAGCCUAGCCAGUAGACCCGGUACAAGCGACGGCAGCUUUGCGAGGACAUCUGGUCGGCUUUCGCCACCCAAGAAGGGGCCCUCGAGUGCUAGGCCGGCGACGAGAACUUCGAGCGUGAAGUCGAGCGUCGGAUCUAUUGGUGGCACUCGACGGUCCACCAGCGGCGCUCUGACCAGCCGGUUGCAGGAAGCGAAGACUGCUACGGCAUCGAAGACAGCAUCUCCGCUCAAACCAGCGACUUCGUCACUCCCCAAUGGCAAUGCAAAGAUAGCUAGCGAUCGUACUACUGUGCCAUCGUCACGCCCUGCAAAGCCUCGUCCAGUUCUUGGCGAAGCGUUUGCUCCUGCCAAAAGAAAAGAAAGUGAGACCACGACAGUACCAGCUGCGCCCACGCAUGGCAAACGAGUAGUGUCCAACUCUUCUGCAGCACUACGGCAGCAAAUUGCCGCAGCAAAGGCGGCCGCUCGCAAAGAAGCGCAGAGCGCCAUCAAGCACGACUCGCCGAUGGACAGUUCGACUGUCAAUGAUGCUGCAUACGACCUGGACUUGAGUGCAGAUCCCUUCAACCAGCUACCCAAGGACGGCAAGCACAUCCUAAGAAAUCGCAUCAACAACGCUCGGACCGAUGGCAAGCUCAACAUUGCUGCCAUGGCACUAAAAGAGAUUCCCGAAGAGGUUCGCAAGAUGUACGACUCUGCCUCCAUGGAGGAAUCGAAGGUGAACUGGGCUGAGGUCGUCGAUCUUACACGCUUCAUCGCUGCCGACAAUGAGUUUGAGACCAUCGAUGACUCUAUCUUCCCAGAUCGCUCUGGAGAGGAGAUCGCUGACGAUGAUCAGUCGGAAGGUAACCAAUUUGGAGGCCUGGAAAUGCUCGAUCUACACGGCAACUCACUGCAGAGCCUACCCAUGGGUUUGCGACGUCUCGAAAGGCUGACAACCCUCAAUCUUGCGCACAACAAGCUCGACAAUGCUGCAUUCGAUGUCAUCGCGCAGAUCUCACAGCUGAAAGAGCUCAGACUUGGUAACAACAAUUUGAACGGCAGCCUUCCCAGUUCGUUGUGCGACCUACGCAGCCUCGAGGUGCUCGAUGUCCAAGCGAAUAGGCUCCUCGGGCUUCCAGAAGCGCUUCGAGAGCUCGUCAGCCUGAGGGUCCUAAACGUGUCAGGCAAUCAGCUCACAGCUCUCCCCAUGGAGGCGCUUGAGCAAUUGCCGCUGACCGAUUUGGACGCAAGCAGCAACGCCUUGAUCGCAUCGUUGUUUCCUCUCGGCGGACCGAAUGGCCAUCCUACCUUGCAGAUUUUGAACGUGGCCAACAACUCUCUUGCGGCUCUGACGUUUUCAGAAACGCUCGAAUUCCCUAAGUUGAGCACUUUGAAUCUCACAAACAACCACCUGACGGUGCUGCCUUCCGUCGAAGGCUGGACGGAGCUUACGACACUGCAUGUGGCAGACAACAAGGUGACCGAAUUCCCGCCAGGGUUCACGACUUUGCAGAAGCUACGUAACGUCAACUUCACAAGCAAUGACAUUCGCCUGGUAGACACGGAGAUUUGCAAGAUGGAGGGAUUGGAGUCUCUUAUCCUCGCAUCCAACCCACUCCGCGAGAAGAAGUUUCUCACCAUGAACGCAGCCGACAUCAAGCGCGACCUGCGAGCUCGACUGGCGCCCGAGCAGUCUGACUCCGUCACAGACGAAGACGUUCCCGGAAGCCCUGUCACUGUCAUCGGUGUCGACACUCAUACCUCACUAUGGUUUCUAAGAGCUAACGGUCUACUCGAUCUUUCGUAUAAGAACUUGUCGGACGACCUCAACGACACUUUGGGAUCAUUUCUGAACAGCAAUGAAGUCAAGACCAUGCAAUUGCAAAACAAUACACUUACGUGCAUACCACCGGCCAUGUGGAUGGGUCAGGCUCUUCGCGUGCUUGAUCUCUCCGGCAACAGCAUGAGCUCCGACUACCUAUACGACGAGCUUGAAUUGCCCAACUUGCAGGAGCUCAGCCUUAGCCAGUGUCGGCUCACGUCCCUCGAACCGCUGACCACGCAGCUGCAGGCGCCGAAACUGCAUACUCUCAAUGUCAAUGCGAAUCGUCUCUCGGGCCCUUUGCCCGAAUUACGAGAGACCUAUCCAUCCUUGACGACACUGUUCGCAAGCGACAACAAAUUUCGCUCAAUCAGCGUUUCGGCACUGCGCGGCCUGCAAACUGUGAACCUGAAGAGCAAUGACAUCGAAGCCCUGCCUGCCGAGAUUGGUCUGCUGUGGGACGAAGGUCUUCGCAACUUCGAAGUUGGCAGCAAUGCAUUCCGCGUGCCUAACUAUCGCGUUUUGGAAAAGGGCACCAUGGCAACGAUGAGAUGGCUAAGAGAUCGCAUCCCAGCUGAGAGUCAAGAUGAAGAAAGCGCCCGGCAAGGAGCUGUGGAAGGAUAUGUGAGUGAGUUGGGUUAG